AUGGCACAGCAAGGAAGUGAUAAUUCCUCCUCUGACAACGACAACCAAGGCCACACAAUGAUGACGACGAUGUACGUGGAAUACCAAUCACUCAUGUUGGCUUCGCAGGGAAAGUGCAAAACACAACAUGGAGGAACAUCAUCACGCCGGACUUCCAUAAGAAGGGAUCGAAGAGCUGCGCAUGAGCGACUUAUGAAUGAUUACUUUGUAGAUCGUCCUUUAUAUCCUCCUGAAUAUUUUCGAACUAGAAAUCGUAUGAGGCGUGAAUUAUUUUUACGAAUUAUGAAUGAUAUUGUGAAUUUUGACGAUUACUUUAGGCAAAAACCGGAUGCCUCCGGAAAUCAAGGUUUCUCACCCCAUGUCAAGAUGACAGCUGCACUUCGUAUACUCGCUUACAGAUAUCCUGCAGAUGCAAUUGACGAGUAUCUAAAAAUAGCAGCGAGCACAUCCUCAGAUACUUUGAAGCAUUUUUGUCGUGCUGUCAAUGCAGUGUAUGGAGAGGAGUACCUUCGACGACCUAACAAUGCAGACAUGGUAAGACUACUUAGAAAAGCAGAGCAACGGGGAUUUCCUGGAAUGCUAGGAAGUGUGGACUGUAUGCAUUGGGAAUGGAAAAAUUGUCCCACCGCUUGGGCUGGUACAUACUCUGGGCGCCAUGGCAAACCUACAAUAAUACUUGAAGCCGUAGCAUCAUAUGAUACUUGGAUUUGGCAUUCAUACUUUGGUCCACCAGGUGCGUGUAAUGAUCUUAAUGUAUUAUAUAGCUCACCUAUUUUCAAUGAUGUUGUCGAAGGUCUAGCCACAGAUAUUCAGUUUACUAUAAAUGGUAGAGUAUACAAGCAAGGAUAUUAUCUAGCAGAUGGUAUAUAUCCACGUUGGUCAACUAUUGUUCAAGCAAUUCCCGAUCCACAAGGACGCGAUAAACAAUUAUUUACGAGGUUGCAAGAGGCAUAUCGAAAGGAUGUUGAAAGAACAUUUGGCAUUCUCCAACAACGAUUUGAGUUUAUUACAGGACCUUGUCGAUUAUGGCACAAUGCACAAAUUGGUGAAGUUAUGAAACGUUGUAUAAUUCUUCAUAAUAUGAUCGUGGAAGACAACCGCAAUCAAGAAGGUGACGAUUUUGUCGAGCACGUGCAGCAGCAACCUGUUGAUCGAGACCCGAUAACUAUUGCAGAAUAUUUAAGCAACCGUGCCGGACUUACAGAUACAAAUCGCUAUUUUAUGCUCCGAAAUGAUCUCGUCGAGCAUGUCUGGAAAGAGUAUCGAGAUGGAAAUUUGAAUGUUUAA